ACAAUGUUAUGACAACUGGUAUCGUAGUGCAAAGAAAUAAAAGGACCAAAGGAAUAGAUUGCUAUUUAUUGUUAUGCUCAUUGUUCAGUAAUAAAUAGGUUGAAAGAUUGGUUUUAGAUGGAAUUUUCAAUUCUAACGUAUAUGUAUCACACAUUCAAUUAUAAACUGCCUAGACGUCUGCUGGAAAGUUUGGCAGUGGCAACAUCAAAGAUCUUUUCAAUAUCAUGUCAUUGUCCUUUUUGAAUAAUAACAAUCCAAAACUAACUUUGGAAUUUGUCAGGAAAACAAAUGUUUGUUUUUCUUCACAGUACUCGUCUUAAGGAAAACACAAGUUAUCAACAGACAAGCACAAUGGACAUAUUUAACUACUUGUUUAACGAUACAUAUAGGAUAUAGGAAAAAAUAUUAUUUAUACACAUGAUUCGUGAAGAGAAAAAAAUCAUUAUGUAACAUGAUUUUGAGAUCGUUAAUUUAGUUUGGUAGUGAAACUCAUACACAAUUCAAGACCUGAAGGGAAGUAUUAACAGAGGUCAAAGACUAACACCCUUUAGAUUUAGGGAUAAUUGGCAAAAUACCCUAUCUAAGUUUUGAAAAUUGGAAAAUACACUGCUCUUAACCCCUUUUUUUUGUGGAAACUACACUUUUAUUGUCAACUAAACUACACUUAUUUAUGUAAAUUCUGAACUUAGCAAUAUUAUUUUUGGAAUAAACAUAUAUUUAAAUAAUAAAUAUUCAUAAUAGGAUAACUUUUGAAAUAUUUGAAAAUUAUCUCUAACAAUAAACAGUUUUACUAAUAAAGUCUAUAACAUAGUGAGAUAUUAAAAUAGCCUAGUUUUCAAAAUAGAGUCUCAAUUUAAAGUACUUUAUCAGUUUUCCUUUAGAUUUAUGUUGUCCAAACCCAUUCUUGACAAAUGUAAUUUUAUUCUGCUUUUUAAAUAUAUACUAGGAUAAGAUAUGCAUCUUGCGGAUAGUGAGUUUAUUUGUAUAUAUUAUCGAUAACUUUUUUAUAUAUUUGAUCAUUUUAUUUAUAUAUAUACAAUAUUUUUUAUUGUUAUUAUAUAAUUUUUUUCCGAUGAAGCGGUUCAAUUUUUAUUAAAAAUUGUGGAACUAAACUAUAAUUUUUGAUAAAAAUUAUCGAUAAUAUAUACAAAUAAAUUCACCCAAAGCGCAUGUUUUAUCCUAUUUCUAAUUAAGUGAUACCUAAACAUAAUUUUUUUAAUUAAUUAAACUUAAAGUUACAAGUGUUUAAAUGAUUGUCAGUUAAUAUAUAUGAGAUAUUUCUCUUUAUCCAAUCUCGUAAAAUGAAACAAGGCCUUUCUUGAAUCUAUUGGGCUGAGAAAGUUUUCUAAUCAAAGGCGAUGGUUCAGAACCGGAAUUAUACUACAGGUUUGUUUGAGCGACUGUUGUCCAAGCAAUAUUUGUCUGGUGGUGUUUCUGUCUUUUCCACAAACAUAAAAACAGCAUAAGUGACGUGUCAUGUUCUAAAAGGUUGUGUUUGCGUAACACCAAGUACGAACAUUCCGAUAUUACCCCGUACUCGUUUACUAUAUAAACCACAUCGAACAAAUCAAAUCCCUCUUCAAAUCUCCCAGUCCCUUCCUCGCUCUUCUCUCUAGCUAUUGGAUCGGUGACUCUGCUUCUGUUAGUUUCAGCUUUGAGUCGCUGCUACAAUGUCUUGCAUAAAGAGAGUUGAUAGAUCCGCGUACGUUGCCAUGGCACCAGAAGCUCCGUUCAUGGCUGCCGGAACGAUGGCCGGAGCCGUUGAUCUGUCUUUCAGCUCAUCCUCCAACCUCGAGAUCUUUGAACUCGAUUUUAACUCCGAAGACCACGAGAUGAAACUAUUAGGUCAGUGCUCAAGCUCCGAGAGGUUUACUCGACUCGCUUGGGGAAGUUAUGGAUCCGGAUCCGAGGAAACUCCCUAUGGUCUCAUCGCCGGUGGCCUCGUCGACGGGAAUAUCGGUUUACGGAAUCCAAUCACUCUGAUUCGUUCCGAGUCUAAUGAAAGUGCGCAUGUUAGAUACCUUUCAAAACAUAAAGGGCCAGUUCGUGCUCUUGAGUUUAAUGUUAUCUCCCCAAACCAACUUGCUUCCGGGGAUGAUGAUGGCACGAUUUGCAUUUGGGAUUUAGCAAAUACUUCAGAGCCUUCCCAUGUCCUAAAGGGUAGUGGAUCUUAUACGCAAGGUGAAAUCUCCUCUGUUUCAUGGAAUAGAGAGUUUAAACAUGUUUUAGCAUCGACCUCAUAUAAUGGGACUACUGUGAUAUGGGACGUGAAUAACAAGAAGGUUAUAACAGGAUUCAAAAAUUCCGAAUCGAGCGAUAGAUUUAAAGGUCUCAUUAGCUGCUCAGUUUUGCAAUGGGAUCCUGAUAAUUGUAAUCAGAUAAUGAUUGCAUCAGAUGAAGACAGUUCACCUUCUGUGAAGCUUUUGGACAUAAGGUAUCCACAAUCACCUGUUCGCACAUUUGUUGGCCACCACAGAGGUGUGAUUGCAAUGGAGUGGUGUCCAAGUGACAGCUUGUAUCUACUUACCUGUGCUAGAGACAACCGAACUAUUUUCUGGAACACAAAGACAGGACAGAUUGUGGCUGAGUUACCAACUACAAACAAUUCAAAUUUUGAUGUUCAUUGGUCCCCAAAGAUACCUGGAGUUGUAUCAGCAUCUUCAGCUGAUGGGAAUAUUAGCAUCUAUAACCUUGAGGGUUGCAGCCGCAAUGGUAGUGGAGAGAACAAUCUUAUUGAUGCAGCUCCUUUAUUAACAGCACCAAAAUGGUGGAAGCGCCCGGUUAGUGCAUCUUUUGGAUUUGGAGGAAAGCUUGUGUCAUCUAACUCAAAGCUCCCUGAGGCUUCUGUGGUUUUCUUGCAUAACCUUGCCACAGAACAAAGUUUGGUGAAUCGAAUAACUAAAUUUGAAACUGAGAUAGUAAACGGAGAGAAGACUUCACUAAUGAGUUUGUGCAAGAAGAAAUCUGAAGAGACCGAAUCCGAGGAGGAGAAAGAAACAUGGAGCUUGCUGAAAAUCAUGCUUGAAGAGGAUGGGAACGCAAAGACGAAGUUGCGUACCCAUCUUGGCUUUAGUUUACCUUCUGAGGAUCAAGAGCAUUAUGCUACAUAUUCUUCUGAAAACGUAGAAGAAGAAAUCUCUGAUCCAUUAUUUGAUGAUGCCAUCCAACGUUCAUUGAUUGUGGGAGAUUACAAGGAAGCAGUAGCUCAUUGUUUAUCUGCAAACAAGAUGGCUGAUGCUUUAGUUAUUGCUCACGUUGGUGGUACAACUUUGUGGGAGAGUACUCUUGAUAAAUAUCUGAAGAUGAGCAAUGCACCUUACAUGAAGGUGUUUUCUGCAAUGGUGAACAAUGAUUUAAUGAGCCUUGUUCAUACAAGGCCAGCUAAAUUAUGGAAAGAAACUCUUGCUCUCAUCUGCACUUUUGCAGAAGGAGAUGAAUGGACAAGCCUCUGUGAUGCUCUUGCCUCACAUUUGCUGCCUUCUGGUUUUACUUUGGCUGCAACUCUGUGCUACAUUUGCGCCGGAAAUGUCGACAAAACAGUAGACAUAUGGUUGAGGAGCCUUGAAAAAGACAAUGCUGGAGAAUCUUAUUCUGAGCGUGUUCAAGAUCUUAUGGAGAAGACUAUUGUCCUUGCUUUGGCAACCGAGAACAAGAGAUUCAGUGCCUCUUUACACAAACUCUUUGAGAGUUAUGCUGAGAUACUGGCCAGCCAAGGACUUCUUGCAACGGCUAUAAAGUUCUUAAAACUUCUUGAGCCUGGUGAUUUCUCAUCUGAACUUUCAAUAUUGAGGGAACGGUUUUCAAGUGUUUAUCAGGAGCCAACUCAGACGCAGCCAAAUCCAUAUAACCAACAAUCCUUCACUCCAGCUCCAGUAACCAAUGCUGAGCCAUCAAGAACUACUUUAGUUUCUUUAAAUCCUCCUCCUCAUCAACAGAGAACAAUGGAUUUUCAUUCAUCUACUAGAUACACAAACGCAACAUACAAUCCACCACCUGGUCUACAUCUUAACUCUAAGAUUCACCAAACUGUUGUUCAACAAGUGGAACUCAUGGUUCCAGCACAGCGGGUAGCUGUGCAACCACCCCCUGCACCUGUAGCUCCACCACCGACUGUUCAGACAGCGGACACUUCCAAUGUACCAGCUCACCAGAAACAUAUAGUGGCUACAUUGACAAGGCUUUUUAAAGAGACAUCAGACACAUUAGGUCCUGCCAAGAAGCGUGAUAUAGAAGGUAUCUCAAGAAAAGUAGGAUCUCUGUUUGCGAAACUCAAUAAUGAGGACAUCUCGAAGCACGCUGCAGAAAAACUCUCUCUGCUAUGUCAAGCUCUAGACAAACAUGACUUUGUUGCAGCUUUGCAAAUACAGGCGCAUCUGGCGUCCACCGAAUGGGAUGAAUGCAACUUCUGGCUCCUACCACUUAAACAAAUGAUAAAAGGAAGGCAAAAUGUUCGAUGAAAAAGGAGUAUCAGCAGUUGCUUAGAAAGCUUCAGAGCCAAGCAAUCUUGGGAAAGCCUGAGUUCAUGAGACUGGUGUUAAAAGUCUAAUACAGUUCUUAACAGAUUGUUUUCCUUUUCUUGUAAUGUUCUUUUAGUCUCAUUCUUAGUCUUAGCUAACUAAAGUCAAAAUGAAUGAAGUGGUCUCCAACCAUUUGAUUUUCUUAUCUCAUUUUUUAUUUUUAUUUUUAUUUUUAAUAGUUAAAUACUUUUGAACACUGUAUCAUAAGGGCAUAUCCAACCUUACUUUAUUUUUAAUUUUUAAAUAUGAUUUAAAGUAAAAUAGUUUCAAUGA